AUGGUGGCCAUGACAGCUAAACUCUGUGCGCUGGUUUUGGUUGGUUGCGUGGGUGCUUUGAGCACUUUGGAAGAGGCUUUGGCAAAUGUCACCUCCCAGGUGACCAACAAAUUUGGCAAGAACUUCACUUUGAUUGAGGCACUUGUUUGCAAAAAUCACUUCUGCCAGCAGAAAACAACCGACACGAUGAAGACGAUGAGUGAUGCGAGCUACAUGAGAGCAGUUUAUGGACAUGGCAUCCAGACCUCGCCAAACAUUGAGGCUCAAGUGAAUUUGAGCUCCCUGGAAGUGAACCUCAUCCGUCACAAUGAGCCAUUUAUUGAGGACAAUCCUUCGGCGACGUGGCCACCCAUCUCGCAGCUGACGUUUGAAGCAGCCUUUGCAAGGAUCAGAAGCCAGAUGGAUGUGGCUGUGGAACAGGCGACAUUCCGACGGCCCUUGCAUCCGUGUGUGUCGGAGGACCUUUUCCAGUUUGAGCUGAUCCCGGACAUCGGGGAACCAAAGAUCCUUUCAGUUGGAACCUCCUCUGGCAAGCUGUGCACUGGCUUCAUCACAGUGCUUGGCGUGGAAGUCCGCAAGCAGAAAGAGUUCCUCCAUGGCGAUGCUUUCCAAAGGCAUAUCGAAGAAACGUGCAACAAAGCGCUGGAGAGCUACGUUCGUAAGGAAGUGAUGUUCGAGGAGGUGCAAAGAUCCACUGAGAAGAUGUGUAAUCCACUGCAUGAAUUGAUUGGCGCAUUGAAAAAGGAACUCCACGAUUUGGCAGAGGACUGCAAAUGCAAAGAUGGGUACGUACACCAAUGCUUGGAGAAUACAGAAAUACGUUUGCAGCAAAAGGAUGAGAACCUCAGCGAGAGGAUCAAGGCUGUGAUGGAUGAGCUUCCAGAAAAAGCCACCGUCGUGACUGUGGAUGAUCUCCGAGGCAGGCUUCUGUAUCACGUGGAUACAUUGGAGAACUUCCACGUGAGGCUGCAAAAAGAAACCACGCACAAAAUUCAAGAAGUUGUGACCAGACUAUCAGAGUUUCAGGUCAUUCUGCAGGACCAUGAGCACGCUUUGCAGCAUGCUGCAGAGGACGGGGUCAUGGCCUUUCCCAGAUUCAAGCGAUAUUAA